AUGAACAAUUCAACAUCAAGAAAACGUCGAAUACAAGACCACGAUGAAUCAGAAGCUCCAUCCCUUAAGGAUGCUAAAAUUAUAAACCCCACCUCGAUUUACAAUGGAGUUGAAAUUGCCUCAAAUGAACGAGUGGUAUUCGAUCUGGCGAAGUUUCCAAGCAUAUUCCCAUUAGAAUUGACUGUUGAAAAGCCAAGAAUUCGGAAGAGGGUAUCACUUAAAGAUCUUCCAGAUUCUGUAUUGAUCAAAAUAUUGGGGAACUUGAAUCAAAUUGAUGCUAUUCUGUUAAGCUUAACUAGUAAGCGGUUUAAAGAGGUGACACGUACUCGAUUAUAUUCUACAAUAUAUGUUUACUUUGGCCAGAAGAGACUCAUUCCUAAAGAUUAUUAUGUGCUGCACUAUACUGAUUUCACCCAUAUCCAAAUGGAAAACUUUGAAAGAAUGAUCGAAGAGAAAGUCAAGCUUCCAUCAUGUAAAGCUAUAUUCUUCCCCAAUGAUAAAUUUUUGGGUGUAAGUUAUUUGCAAAUGGUUUCAAAUGCAUUUCCCGGAAGUCAGGUGGUGCUUAGAAGAUAUUGGAAAGACAAUGUUCAGCGUUGGAUGUUCAACUGUCCUGAUAAUCCUUUCAUAACCAUGCACCAUUUACUCGGUCCUACGACUAAGAAGGACCCAACUAGAGAACAUGUGAGAGAUUUGAUAGUCACCAGGCAUCCAGAUAUCGACUACUCUUAUGAGUUGAAGAAGUAUCCCAACUUGAGAAGUCUUUAUUUGGAGCAUAUCCAAAGUUUAGAGGGUCUUCCCAAGAUUUCUGCAAGGGAGGUGAAAAUUCGUCAACUACUGUCAUUCGAUAUUUAUGAUUUUUGUGGGUGUUUCGACGUGGCCAAGAUCACUUCUUUAGAUCUUCUGAAAGUUCUGGAAGAAAUUGUUAAAAUUGCCCCUCGUUUCAAAAGUCUCCGAAAGUUGUACAUAACCCAUGACGCAUCCAUAAUGUGCCGAUUUGCUCAAGCUUUGCCAAAAGAUUCAUUAACAUACUUGUCAGUUCCUGCUCGUUCGAUUGAUUCAUUCCAAGUUGAGGCAUUACGUCAUGCUGGCUCGUUGAGAAUUAUUUCAGCCAGUCCGUACUUUCAAAGCAUUGUCCCGAAAGAGCCGUCAAAAGCAAAAGAAAAGGUCAAGCAGCUCGAAUGGAACCUUUUCCGUUUUUCUAAACUUGAAUUUGUCAUAUUCGACCGGGAAGCAUUGCGAGUCUUCCGAAGAGAUGAAACCCCUCGUUUUGAGUUUGUCCCUGUUGAGUUUCAUCCCACGAUAUGCCCUUACUAA